AUGGAGCGUGAGAAGGGAGAGGGGUCGUUUGAAGACGUUUCUAACGCACAUGAAGUACAUAUCACGAAGACAGAUCACCACGGCCAGGAGGCUCAAUUCCUUGACCUUGAGAACGGACAACAACUCAAGGUCAGAAUCGCGACUGCUGCCUAA